UUGGACAUUCUAAUUUUAUCUAAGGGUAAUUUUAUAUCUUAUCUACCAAAUACAUGUUCCAGAAGAAUUCCCAUCCCUCUUUCAUCUUCCGUGUCCCAACCCUAGAUUUUUAACUCAGCUCCAUACACAGGAGCAUCUAGAAGUACACUUCCUAUUAUAGUAAAGCUUUUUUAGUGUUAUAGUAGAGAGAUAGAGAGCGCCGAUUGAAGAACUAGGAGUUGCGUAUACUGUUUCUGCAUCACCAACUAUCUGAUCACAAGCCUGCAAGCUCAAUGUUUGUGGAAGAAGUUGAAAUAUUUUUUAUGACAGAAAGCUCCAAAGAGUUCUUAGUUUUGACACUUCCACUCGAUAUUGAAGAGUAAGACUUAAAAGCUUUUUCAAACAAAUAGUCAUCAAGAAUAAUAGUAAGUGAUUCGGUAUUAACAGCACAAAUUUGGUGUUUUCGGUUAGGAAUCACAAUGAAGCAUUGCGUACAUAUGUAUUUUAAGGCAAAGGCGAAUCCAGGAACUAGAUUCAGUGGAUUUAGAAUGUCAUAUAUAAUGGACAAGCCUUCAAGGUCUGAUACUAUCUGAUGUUUAUUGUUGUUUUUGUUGUUGGUGGUAUAGGGAGUUAAUAGAUAUUAAUUUGGCUUAUCCGAAACAUUACAUUUAUAGUAGUGGAAGGGGCUAUUAGUUGAAUUGUUGUAGUAUUGCAGUGUGAGAACUAUUUUAUUCAUAAUGUAUUAAGACAGAAUUCAUGUUGAGAGGCUUUAGUAUUUGACUUCUUUUUUUUUUCUAACUUUAUUGCCCGCACCUCUGCUAUUCUAUCCGGUACUUGUUACCUCCAACCAACAUAGGUACCGUGUAAUAUAGCUGUGAAUCGCAUUGAAGACGGUUUUCAUAUAUUUUUAGAUAGUAGAGGACGGACUUUCUUUUUAAAGGAGGUAGAUGUAGAAGACGAGGAUUCUGUCUUUUUCGUCAUCCUCAGGUGAGGAUACUGAUGAGCAAACCAGUAGUAAACGGCCAACAAUAUCGAAUAGUUGUAAUUAUGAUACUGCUGACUCUUAAGUCAGCUACUCAGAGUAAUGUGAGUGGUGAGGAAGUCUUAUCUUAGGGAUAGUUUUUGGGAGGAAGUCGACUAAAACAAAUAGGCUUCCCGAGGAAGGCUGUGAUGCCAGUAUUAUGAGGACAGACUCAUUGAAACUUGCCGAAAUGGCAGCUGAUCUGUUACAAAUGAAGUGGUCUACUAAUCUUCCCCCCAAGAGGUACAAUAAAGAUUAUGGCAUACCAGUUUCUGCCCUAGAUAUGUCAAAGGGUGCUGAAAAAGAGGACUUGCAAAUAAAUGACAAAAAAGAUGAUAUGAGUUCUCUUGCAUAUGGCAACAUGUUAGAAAAUCUUGAUUUCCGUGAGCCUGCUCAUGAGAAGGAUGAUGGUUCUCGUCCAAGAUUCCAGACUCGAGAGAAGUCUGUCAAGAAAAUUGGCAAACAUGUGUUAUUUUCAGCAUCUGAGAAUGCCACUAGUGUGUCCAUUGUCCAAGAUGUUGAAGAUUAUAGUCGUGAAGAAAGCUUAAGAAUUUAUGGUGAGAGUGGUGAAGAACGUAUAGUUAACGCUGAUCAUGAUGCCAUGGGUGGUACAUGUAUAUCUGAGGUGGCGAGCCCCAGUUCAAUAUGUGUGAACUCCCCUGGUGAGAGUGAUCCUAAUGAAUCCAGUGGCAGUUUUGUCCCACUUACUGUUUCUUCAUCAGAAAGCAUAGAGGAAGAACACCUUGUCUUUGGUGAUAUUGAUGAUUGUUGUGACACUGUAGACAGAUGCACGGAGUCUUCUUCUUCAGAUUAUAAGGAAAAAGAAGAUUACCCUCCUGCAUCUUUAGGCUCUCCUGAUAUCGAAGACUAUCGACUACCAAACUAUGAUUCUGGUCCUACUUUAGACAAGUCCAUCCAAAGCGAUCUGUUAAAUGUUGCAGAUAAAAGAAAACUCAAAACUGUAUCAAGCAAUGUUGACAUCCCGACAAUAGUUCAGGACAAAGAACCUAUGCGGAUGGCCAGAUCUUUACCUAAUAGGUGGCCUCAUGAUAAUGAUUUUCGUUCUAACCCUGAGAACUUACAUUCACCAAUUGUACUAGGGACAACAGAAGUUGCUGAAUUCUCGGAGGAGGUGAAAAAUGUUUCAGCAACCCCAGAAAUUGCUGGUGAUAGAGAAAAGGAUGCGCCAAGACCAAAGAUUUCUAAGAAGGAAAUAAUGUUAAACACUCCAACAUCUGAACAGCUGGCUACUUUGAAUCUGAAGGAGGGAAAGAAUAUAGUUGUUUUCACAUUCUCGACCGCAAUGCUGGGGAAACAGCAG